CACACAGCAACAGGUGACAUGGAAGAACUCAAAGCUUCACUGGGACCCUUGCACACUGAAGACAACAUUUUAACAGCAGCUAACAGUUCCUGUGAGGCUCUGGAAUGCUUCAUGGUCCUAAUCAAGGAAGAGAAGAUUGCUGUCGGUGCCAUCUGUUUGCUGGUGGGCCCUUUUACACUGCUGGGGAAUGCUCUGGUUUUGGGCCUGAUUGCCACCACAGCCACCCUUCGACGACGACCGUCCUAUGUCUUCAUUGGAAGCCUUGCCCUGGCUGACAUCUUUGUCAGCAGCUUCUUCACAACCAAUUUCCUGGCCUUUCACCUCUUUUCCCACCAUUAUGGUGCCACUGUCUUCCUGUUCAUGUUAGGUGGUGUCAUUAUGGCCUUCACUGGUUCAGUGGGGAGUUUGUUGCUGACAGCCCUGGACCGUUACCUCUGCAUCCACCAGGCUUGGAGGUACAAGGCACUGCUGACCUGCCGGCGAGCCUUUCUGAGCUUGCUGAUCCUUUGGGGUUCCAUCAUCUUCAUCUCAUUCUUACCUCUGAUGGGAUGGAGUUGUCCCACUGGCCUUUCUCCACCCUGUUCGCGCCUCUUUCCCUACAUCAGCCAUGGUUACUUGGCUUUCUGGAUUUGCUUCAUUCUAAUAAUACUGAUGCUCAUUUUGGGAGCUUAUGCUCUUAUCCUGUGGAAGGCCCACCACCAUGAAAGCUCCAUGACCAACCUCCAUGCAAGACAGGACCACAUAAGGAUGGAUAUCCGGCUGGCUCGUACCUUUGGGCUCAUACUGCUCUUCCUGAUAGGAUGCUGGCUUCCUGCACUGUCUUUCAUGCUGGCUGAUAUAUUUGUGUACCUGACUCAUACACAACAGAGGAUCUUUGCCAUUUGCAGCACCCUCUGCCUCCUCAACUCUGCAGUCAAUCCACUGCUAUAUGCCAUGCGCUGCCAGGAGCUAAGAGCUGCUCUCCUGCAAUUAAUAAAAAACCUGCAUCACAAAAAGUAUUGCCACAAGUGUACUACAAACUCAAAUCCAAAUCUGUCUUCAGAAGAAAACUGUAAUACAUUCCCUGACAGUGACAUGCCCAUCACAACCAAUAAACUCAACUCAGUCUCACAAAUAGUGGACAAGUCACAGGUUAACAACAAAACAUAACAGUUAGUACAGUAGAACUACAAUUCUAUCUAUCUAUCUAU